AAAAAAAAAAAAAAAAGAAAUAAAAAGAAGACAAGGCAAUGCUAUACUUUAUUACAUUAUUAUAUUUGUUACCUUCAAGCUAUUGUGCUGUACCAAAAGGGCGGCCACUUCAGCUGUUUAGCAUUCGAAAGGGGACGCAAAGAGGGGGAAACACAAAAUGGUAUUGUCGGAUGAUGAAAUCAAGAGGCUGUUUCGAAUUCGAAAGACUGUAAUGCAGAUGUUGAAAGAUAGGGGUUAUUUCGUUGGAGAUUUUGAGAUUAAUUUGUCAAAACAACAAUUCAUUUCCAAAUACGGCGAAAAUAUGAAAAGGGAGGAUCUUGUUAUCAAUAAAACCAAGCGGAAUGAUAACUCUGAUCAGAUCUAUGUUUUCUUCCCUGAAGAAGCCAAAGUUGGUGUUAAGACAAUGAAGACGUAUACCAACCGCAUGAAAUCAGAGAAUGUAUUUAGGGCUAUACUAGUUGUGCAACAGAAUUUAACUCCCUUUGCUCGAACUUGUAUAAAUGAAAUUUCUUCAAAGUUCCAUUUGGAGGUUUUCCAGGAAGCCGAGCUCCUGGUCAAUGUAAAAGAACAUGCUCUCGUGCCUGAACAUCAGGUGCUUACUAAUGAGGAGAAAAAGACUUUGCUUCAUAGAUAUACCGUAAAGGAAACACAGCUGCCUCGUAUCCAGGUGAGUGAUCCAAUCGCAAGAUACUUCGGGCUGAAACGUGGACAAGUGGUGAAAAUAAUCCGGCCUAGUGAAACUGCCGGUCGUUAUAUCACUUACCGAUAUGUUGUGUAAGCAUGUACCCUGUUCGAUAACAUUAUCCUCCAAUAAAGCAAUUUUUUUUUUCUCUAAAACAAAGCCGAACUAACCGCCCGUAUCCUAGUAUUCAUGUUGUAUUCGUGUAUUGUCAAGUGUCAAGUAUCAUAAUUGUGCUCAAGAAAUUAUAUAUUUAUAUAAAUUUUGACACAUUAAUAAUUUGAAUUGAUGCAAUAA